AUGUGUGAUUGUUUAGAAACGAAAAAAAUUUGUCCAUUUUUUCACAAUCAUCCAUAUGAGUCAAAUGAUGAUGAAGAUGAUGAUACUAACAAAAAUUCGUAUGAGAAUGAAGAUAAUAUUGAAGAAAAUUCCAGUGAGCUGUCUUUUAUAAAUGAACAUUUCGAAGGAACGAAAGAAUCUUCUGGUGAACUUGAUAACUUCAGUGAAAAUAAUUAUGAAAAUAAAAAAGAGGAAAAAUGUGAUGAUGAUCCAAAUCAAAAAUGGAAAGUCGUGGCAAAAAAAUUAAAAACAUGUCAAAAAAGCAAGAAAAAAAAAUCAAAACAAGAACGUGAUAUAGAAUUCACAUUGGCAAUCAUAAAACCGGAUGCUUUGCAGUAUCGAAGGAUCAUUAAAAAAAUCAUUAUUGAUGAAGGUUUUGAAAUUUGUAAUGAAAAAAAGUUACAGAUGACAGCUGAUCAAAUGUUUGAAUUUUAUUCAAGAAAAGAUGAAAAAAGUGAACUGUCAACUGAAAUUGAUUACAUGGUUUCUGGUCCAAUUAUUGUACUUGUACUUUGUAAACAUCAAGCGGUAAAUGACUGGAUAGAUUUGAUUGGUCCACAAAAAGUAUCAGAUGCUAUUCUAUAUUUUCCUGAUAGUAUUCGUGCAAAAUUCGGUAAUAAACAAGAUGAUUACAAAAAUGCAGUACAUGGGAGUACUUCUUAUAAAAUAGCACAAGAAGAAAUAAAAUUUUUCUUUCCUAACUUCAUUUUUGAACCAAUCUUAACAGGAUAUGGUAUAGAGAGUUAUUUACAGAACAAUAUCUGUGAAAUUUUAAGCAAAGGAAUUAUACAUUGUUGUAAAGAAAAAUCUGAAGAUCCAUUAUUGUGCUUAAGUAAGUGGCUGCUUGACAAUAAUCCAAAUAAGCCAAAGACUAUUAUUAAAUAA